CUGAGUCUUGACGCGUCAUGCGUGGUGACAGUGAGGGAAGUUUCCGAUCCUGAGAGGUCUUCAGUUUGAAAAAGGAGCCGCUGUAUUAAAAGCUUUAUUAUUUUUGUUGGUACUUCUCAUCAUGUCCCAGCCGCAGCGUGUCUGCAGACCAUCAUGCAGUGGAGGAGACACGUCACCGGCCUCGCUUUUAGCCUUGUUUUUGUUGUGUCAUAUUUCACGAACAAGUUUGUCCUGUCAGUGUUAAACUUCACCUAUCCAACCUUAUUUCAAGGAUGGCAGACAUUUAUUGGAGCUAUCCUGCUUCUAGUGUCUGGAAAGCUGGGAUGGGUGGAAAUAAACCGCAUCACCAGAUCUGCGGCUCUGUCCUGGCUUCCGGGCUCCCUCCUAUUUGUGGGGAACAUUUACGCUGGUUCCCGGGCAUUAUCACGUUUAGACAUUCCCUUCUUCUUCACUCUUCAGAACUGCUCUCAUCCCUUUAGCUACGUGAUCUUCAAGGUCAUCCGCAGAGAGAAGACACAGUGGCUGAAAUUUAUCAGCUUAUGCCUCAUGCUGCUUUCAGCCAUCAACCUUCCCUUUUAUGACCCUCAGGUUGACCACAGCGGUUACCUGUGGGCCGUCUGCCAUCUCGCCUGUGUUGGUGCAUAUAGGGUCUUUCAAGUUCACCACAAGUCCGCCAACCUGAGUGAUCUUGAGCAGCAGUGCAUUAACUACCUGUUCAGUGUGCUGCUGCUGGCUGUUGCUGCUCACCCGACAGGUGACCUCACGGGUGCCUUGGAGUUCCCGUCCCUGCAGUCGCACACAUUUCACUGCGGCUGCUGUGCCAGCGCUCUGCUGGGCUUUUUGCUGCGGUUGGCUACAGUCAAACUAAAAAGCGGACUGUCCUUUGAACACUUUGGGGUCUGGAUCUUUUUAUCUAAGGUUACUGCCAUGCUCCUGUCUCCAUUUAUUUUCUCUGUGAACUCUAAUGCUUCGUCUCUUUUGUGUGUAGUCGUCAGUCACGUCGGAGAGGCUCUGCUGAUCUAUUCGGAGAGGGAUUCUCACGUGUGACGAAUUUCAGCACUUUAGACGAGUUCACCUCAAAUGACUUUUUUUUUUAUUAACUGGGGAUGCAGAUUCUAUUUUUCUACAUUCAUUUUAUAACUUUGUUUAUUCUCUGAUCUCCUGACCAAAUAAAAGUUUGGUACAAACUGUC